CUUCUCUUGCUUUCCUCCGACCUUUACAAAAACUUCAUUUUCUCUUUCUCACUCUUCAAUCCGCUCGUCUUCUUUGUACAUGCAUGGUGCAUUGAAGUACGGAUCAGUCUCCCUGAAUCCAUCAAUCGUUUUCUAUCAGAGUCUCUUCGUCUCUCCAUGUCUUUCAAGAUGGAAAAUCUCGAGGGUCCAUUCCCAUCACCCACCCCCUUGUCCUUAAACCUCAUUAAUUCCCUUGGUUACGGUGAGAGAGAUAAUGGAAUAUUGGGAUUAACGGCGGCGGCGGCGGCCGGAGUUCCUGGUCAUGAAAACAAGGGAUUAGGCGGGACGACGACUGAGAGUGAAGUGAAAAUAGGGAAGAAUAAAAAGGGGGAGAAUAAAAAGACGAGGAAAUCAAGAUACGCAUUUCAAACCAGAAGCCAAGUUGAUAUCCUUGACGAUGGCUAUAGGUGGAGAAAAUAUGGUCAGAAAGCUGUCAAGAACAACAAAUUCCCAAGAAGUUAUUAUCGGUGUACGCACCAAGGAUGCAACGUGAGAAAACAGGUUCAAAGAUUAACUAAAGACGAAGGGAUCGUUGAGACAACCUACGAAGGCAUGCAUUCGCAUCCUAUCCAGAAACCCAAUGACAACUUUGAGAAUAUAUUGAGCCAAAUGCAAAUUUACACUUCAUCCAUUUAAUCGACACCACCUUUUCUAUUUUAUAUAU